GAGCGUGUGCAGAGAGCGGCCGCCAGGGGGCGUUGGUUGGCGCACGGCGUGUCCUCCCCAAGCCCCGCCCCCGGCGGCGCCUUCUAAACACGUCCUUCCGCUCGAUUCCUCCUCUUUUUCUCUUGUCCGCCAUCCUAUGUGCGGUUGGAUUUGCUCCUCGUCAUGUCUUCUCACAAGACUUUCAGGAUCAAGCGAUUCCUGGCCAAGAAACAAAAGCAGAAUCGUCCCAUUCCCCAGUGGAUUCGAAUGAAAACUGGUAAUAAAAUCAGGUACAACUCUAAGAGAAGACAUUGGAGAAGAACCAAGCUGGGUCUAUAAGGAGCCUCACAUACGAAGUGGCACACAUAAUCAGAACAUCACUAGUGUCUGGAACAGCUGCCUGUGUUUGAUGCUCUCUCCUCUUUUCUUGAUCUUUCCUCACCACUGCUCACUGUGUAGCUCAGUAAUAAACAUGUGAACCUUU